CUUGCUCACUUCAUUACCUGCCUGUCGUUUUUGUCGUAUCAAAAAAGAAACGAAAAAGAACGCAAACAUAAAAUAUAAAUAAAUAAAACACUUCUCUUUCUCUUUCUCUCUCGAGUGUUGUGUUGUGUGUCUUGGGUUCAAUGUGUUGGCUGUUGCUUGGCCUUGUUUAUCAACUAAAUCUAGAGCAACCCAUUUCUCUGUUCUCCCAUUUGAAGGAAAACUCACCAUCAUCUCUUACUCAAUCCCUUCAAUUGCGCCACCAUUUUUUCUUUCUUUUUCUCCAUUUUUUUCUCUUCCUCACAGACCCGGUGCUGUAGUGUGGUGUGUUGUGCCUCAUUCAACCUCUCACACUGUUCGACUAUUUCAAACGAGGUGUUUCCUCACAACUCCUAUGGCGGGAGAAACAUCUUGGAUAAGUCACUAUGAUGACAGACAGAGGGAGAAUGGAGUGUUUGAUUCAUUUUUAGAAGUUGGUGAAGAAGGUGAGAAAGAUGCAAGUGCUGUUUCUUUGGAUGUCAUUUUGCCUGAUGACUUGUUGGAACGAAUCCUAGCCUAUCUACCUGUUGCAAGCAUUUUUAGAGCUGGUUGUGUGUCUAAGAGAUGGUAUGAAAUUGUUAAUUCAGAGAGGUUUUUAUGGAACCUUUCACACGUUCUACCGCAGAAACCAUGGUACUUUAUGUUUACAAGCUCUGAUGAACCAAUUGGUUAUGCUUUUGAUCCCGUUUUUCGUAAAUGGUAUAACAUUGAGCUUCCAUGCAUUGGAACAUCAAAUUGGUUCAUUGCUUCAUCAAUUGGCAUGGUCUGCUUCAUGGACAAUGACAGCAGAAGUGAAUUAUGCAUCUGCAACCCAAUCACCAAGACCUACAAGAAGCUCGAGGAGCCUCCUGGUUUGAAAUUUUCUGAUUACAGUGCAUUAGCAAUCUCAGUGAACAGGGAAUCUCACAUUUAUUCUGUGGCAAUUGUAAAAUCUAAACAAGUUCCCGAGAACUUUUUCCAGUGGGAUAUCUCGAUUCACGUAUACAAUUCAGUAAACAGAACCUGGGUGACCACUUUAACUGAAGUUUUGAUGGGGUGGAGAGGUGGUGAUGAGAGUGUUAUAUGCAAUGGGAUGCUAUACUUUCUAGUUUAUUCAACUGGGGGUGGCCAACCGGAAAAUCGUCAUGCCCUGAUUGCAUAUAACAUGUCUAACCGUUCUUCUCAAGGUAGCUUGACAAGGAGCUUUAUUCCAGUACCCUGUUCACUAACUUGUGGCCGUCUGAUGAAUCUGAAGGAGAAACUUGUGAUGGUGGGAGGAAUUGGCAAACCCGAUCGACCUGACAUAAUAAAAGGAAUUGGUAUUUGGCUUCUGAAUGAUAAGACGUGGGAAGAAAUUGCUCGAAUGCCCCACAAAUUCUUCCAAGGCUUUGGAGAGUUUGAUGAUGUUUUUGCCAGCAGUGGUGCAGAUGAUCUGAUAUACAUUCAGAGUUAUGGAGCUCCGGCGCUUCUCAUAUUUGACACCAACCAUAAACAAUGGAAAUGGUCUCAGAAGUGCCCUGUGACAAAACGAUUCCCGCUGCAGCUUUUUACUGGCUUUUGCUUUGAGCCCAGACUUGAAAUAGCUCCCUAGUUCUCCUUACUAUCAGCAGCAGCUCCUACUGAGAAUCCUGUCCAAGGUUUCUGCUCAUUUUCUUCCAUUGUUCAAGUACAAAUUUCUAAUGAUUUCAGUGUUUUUCACAGUUCAUACAAAAUGUUCUUCCUGAUAAAACUGCUUAUUCAUGGAUACGGGAAUAUUAUUAAUAGCAUUUGAAAAUACCACACCCAUAUAUAUUUUACCUUUUUCUAUUCUCUA